AUGGGGGGAGCGCAGCUGGUGGGGAGGUGGGUUGAGUCGUACACGGGGAUGUCGGCGGACAACAUCAAGGGCCUGCUGCUCGCGCUCUCCUCCAGCCUCUUCAUCGGCGCCAGCUUCAUCGUCAAGAAGAAGGGGCUCAAGAAGGCCGGCGCGUCCGGCGUCCGAGCAGGUGUUGGUGGCUACUCAUACUUGCUUGAGCCACUAUGGUGGGCAGGAAUGAUAACAAUGAUUGUUGGCGAGAUUGCAAACUUUGCAGCCUAUGCAUUUGCUCCUGCUAUCUUGGUUACUCCACUUGGUGCACUUAGCAUAAUUAUUAGUGCUGCUCUUGCCCAUAUUAUGUUGCGGGAGAAGCUUCACAUAUUUGGUGUACUUGGGUGUAUUCUUUGUGUUGUGGGUUCGACAACUAUUGUGCUUCAUGCCCCUCCCGAGCGUCAAAUCGAGUCCGUGGCAGAAGUGUGGGAUCUUGCUACUGAACCAGCAUUUCUACUCUAUGCAGCAAUUGUGCUUGCAGCAGCUUUUGUGCUCAUAUUCCGUUUUGCCCCUCAGUAUGGUCAGACACACAUCAUGGUUUAUAUCGGCAUCUGUUCUCUUGUGGGAUCUUUAUCGGUCAUGAGUGUCAAAGCUCUUGGGAUAGCAUUGAAGCUGACGUUUUCAGGGAUGAACCAGCUAGUCUAUCCACAAACAUGGGUGUUCUUAUUUGUUGUGGUCUCAUGCAUAGUAACACAGAUGAACUAUCUGAACAAGGCCCUUGACACAUUCAACACUGCAGUUGUUUCGCCCAUAUAUUACACGAUGUUUACAUCCUUGACCAUUUUGGCUAGUGUUAUAAUGUUCAAGGACUGGGAUCGUCAAAAUCCGACACAAAUUGUCACGGAGAUGUGUGGCUUUGUUACGAUUCUUUCUGGGACUUUUCUUCUUCACAAGACAAAGGAUAUGGUGGAUGGUCUCCCACCAAAUUUACCUGUCCGACUUCCUAAACAUGCGGAUGAGGAUGGCUACCGCACUGAAGGAAUUCCUCUAAGGUCUGCUGCUGAUGGCAUCCCACUCAGGUCGCCAAGGGCCACAGAUUCAUUUCGGUCAUCAUGAUGUCCUGCUGAGAUUUGCAAGUGCACUCAAAUCAUGAUGCUUCAAGGAUUAUACCCAGCAACCGUCGGUCCUACACAUGGGAAGGGAAGAAUGCCCCUCCAUUCAUUCACUCGUUGGAUACAGAAGAUAGGUUUUGACUGUAGGAGAUCAAAAGGUAACAGCUCGGUUCCCCCUCAGUAAUUUCUGAGGCAUUGGUACAGAAUUUUGAGGACUAUAUCAGGUAUACUUCUCUGGGUAAAGAUAGCCAGGUUGGCCAAGAAUCCAAGUUUUGGGUUUUAUGUAAAUCGGGGUGGGCCAUAUAGGUCACUUUCUUGAACUGUUGUAUUCUUUCAACACGACUCUUAGAAUACAGGAAGAAUUGAAGAA